AUGAACGGAAAAAAUGAAGUCGGUGAUAAAAAAAGUUUGUGUCCUUCCAGUACAUCGUGUGAGUCUACCACCGAGUCGUCAGAUAUGACCUCAAAGGAUUACUAUUUCGACUCAUACGCGCAUUUCGGAAUUCAUGAGGAAAUGCUUAAAGAUGAAAUCAGAACACUCACCUAUCGUAGUGCUUUAGUACACAACAAACAUCUCGUAAGAGAUAAAGUAGUAUUAGAUGUGGGUUGUGGAACCGCUAUACUCUGUUUGUUUGCGAUUAAAGCCGGAGCCAAACACGCUAUUGGAAUUGACUGUUCUAACAUCAUUGACCGAGCAAUGGAAAUCGUCCAGGCCAACAAUAUGGCGGAUCGUAUUACUUUGAUCAAAGGAAAAGUAGAAGAAGUAGAACUGCCUCCAGAGUACCCCAAGGUUGAUAUUGUCAUCAGUGAAUGGAUGGGUUACUGUCUGUUUUACGAGUCAAUGUUGAAUACUGUAAUUUAUGCCAGAGACAAAUGGUUGGCUCCCGGCGGUAUAAUUAUGCCCGAUCGUGCAACCCUUUAUGUGUGUGCCAUCGAAGAUAGACAAUACAAAGAUGAAAAAAUUAACUGGUGGGACAGCGUUUAUGGUUUCGAUAUGAGUUGCAUAAGGAAGGUCGCACUUACGGAACCCUUAGUCGAUGUUGUUGAUCCUAACCAAGUUGUGACUAAUUGCUGUUUGGUCAAGGAGGUUGAUAUGUACACCAUCACAGUUCCUGAAUUAUCUUUCAGUGCGCCAUUUACACUUACUUGCAAAAGAAAUGAUUACAUCCAGGCCCUAGUUACGUUUUUCAAUAUUGACUUCACCUCCUGCCACAAACCUACAGGAUUCUCCACAGGUCCUGAUGAGCGCCGCUAUACUCAUUGGAAGCAAACAGUUUUUUAUCUUGAUAAUGGCGAUGACGAUUGUCUGACAGUAAAGAAAGGAGAACAAAUUAACGGUGUGAUGUAUAUCAAACCGAAUGAACGAAAUAACUAA